GUUUCCGCUCCAAGUCCUGUCAAAAACGAGAAGAUAUGGCGAGCAGCGUUGACGAAACACUGAAAUGGAUCUCAGAGGAGUACUUUGACCUGAACGGAUCUCACUUCGAUACACUAGAGUCACUUCCAUCUGCUUUAGAGUUCUCCCAGCUUGUCCGAAUAUCACGACCAGUCUUAAUCAAAGACUGUCCGGUUCCCAAGGCGCUGGCCCGCUGGACCGACGAGCACCUCGCAGAACGUUGUGGGAGCAACCGCAUCUCGAUCGCUUGCACACCGAAUGGUCGUGCAGAUGCCAUCACUCGAGGACCAGAUGACAGGCUCUACUUCGCGGAACCGCAUGUCGAACAAAUGACUAUGGGCGAUUUUCUAGCCAAGCUAUCGUCUGAAUCGGCGAAUUCUGAAGUUCUCUACUUGCAAUCGCAAGAUGGCAAUCUCUACUCAUCAACUCCUAGAGUACCUUCAGAGUUUCGUACGCUACUAACCGAUGUUCCAGAUCAGUUGCCUUUUGCGACAGAGGCUUUAGGAAACCCACCAGAUGCGGUCAACCUGUGGAUUGGCGAUAGCAGGAGUGUAACAAGUAUCCACAGUGAUCCGUACGAGAACAUAUACUCAGUCAUCCGGGGCUCUAAAACCUUCACCGUUUUUCCUCCUACAGAAGGGUGGUGCAUGAAAGAGCGCAUCUACCCGCAUGCUUCGUACCACCGCUUCGGUGAAAAGCU